AUGACAGGGCAUUAUCUUCAAAAUAUUGUUAGUUAUAGUAUAAACUGGGAUGACUAUAAAGAUAUUCCUAAUAUAACUUUACAGGAAAGUUUUUUCAAGACAAUACUGAAAGGGAAUGAUAGAAUUUAUGUUAUUGAGAAGGGAGGAAGGAUUUUUGAAAGUGAAAUAAAUGAUGCAAAGAAUUGAAAAGUGGCUGGGGAUAAUAAUAUUGAUAGCGUUAAUCAGUCUUCAGUAGUGAAAUAUAAAGACUGCCUAUAUUUUGUAUCUUCAAAAAAGGUUAGUAAGGUUGCAAUAAUAUAA